UGCACUGCACAGGGGAGCUACUGUGAGAGAGCAACCAUCAAGCAGUGUUGGGAAACAACGGUGGAUUGUAGGUGCCACGUUUUUUAGUUGCCAAAGAACAUAUUUGAUUCAAAGUAACAGUGCGCAUUUUUGUACGAUAUUCGGAUACAAAGUAGCCGCGUUGCGCAAACCUUGAAAGCUGUGAAAAAUAAGGAAGUCACACAUUAGUUCUUGAUUUGGGAACUUAGAAGAGGAGCAUCAUCAUCAUGUUCAGUUGGGUGAAUAAAGAACAAGGAGGCAGAAACAAGGACGGCGAGAUGUACCAAACUGUGACGGAGGGUCUUGAACAACUUUACACAAAAAAAGUAUUUCCAUUGGAAGAAACCUAUCUUUUCCAUGAUUUCCACUCACCGGCGUUGGAGGCAGCGGAUUUUCAGAGCAAGCCAAUGGUUCUACUGGUUGGACAGUAUUCUACGGGGAAGACGACGUUCAUAAGGUAGUGCAUCCAGAAAUCAGCAACAGUUAUGCAUUCUCAUUUUUGUGAUAACUUUAUCUUACCUCCAGGGCUCUCUGCCUGUCAGAAAUUAUUGAGUUGUGAAUAACCCCUAGGUAAUAGCCUACUUUGACAAUUGUGAGCUGUCAAAAUGGGGAUUAAUUUCAGUCAAAAAUGUAACGUUAAAUGAGGAGAUAACCACCGAUGGAACAGGUUGUUGCCCCGUGCAACCUAAUGUAAACUGUCUAGUGUUGGGAAUUAUCUAGCAUUAUGUUAAGGUUGUAAACAGCUUGUUUCUAGUUUUGUUUUACCAAUAUUACAUUUUCACAUUCAAUACAUGAAACAUCAGACUUCCCAUUUUCCUUAGAUCAGGGGAGGGAGGUGCCACACCAACUGCUACUUAUAAUGUUUUUUAACGUCAUGAGGUAGAAGCUUGAUUAUAAACUGGGUGGUUUGAGCCCUGAAUGCUGAUUGGCUGACAGCCGUGGUAUAUCAGACCAUUUACCCCUAGCAUGACAAAACCUUUUUUUUACUGCUCUAAUUAAGUUGAUAACCAGUUUAUAAUAGCAAUAAGGCACCUCUGGGGUUUGUGAUAUAUGGCCAAUAUACCACGGCUAAGGGCUGUAUCCAGGCACUCCGCGUUGCAUCGUGCAUAAGAACAGCCCUUAGCCGUGGUAUAUUGGCCAUAUACCACACCCCCUCGUGCCUUAUUGCUUAAGUAUAGAAGCAGAGUAGUAUUAACUGUCCAGUUUCCACCAACUGCGUUACAGUUAACACCAUCAAUAUCAAUGAGACAUGUCUGGUGACCUGGGCCUUUUUUGCACCCCUGGACUCUGAACAACCAACCAUUUAUAUGAGAGAAAGAAUAGAACCAUUACAGAAUGGAUAAAACUGUCUAAAAAUCUCUGAAUUUAUGGCCAUUUUAAGAUCUUUCUCUCUAAAUCAUCAGGACAGACUCAAAUGAUGUCAGUUUAAUAUCAUGGUGAUCUGCAGGUUCUGUAGUAAGAUAGGACAUGCAGCUAGCGUCACUAUUUUUAGGGAAGGUGCCUUUGGUAGGCUACAUAUUUCAGUUUGGCAGCUGCUGAAAGUAUGUACACAAUACUGAGAAUUAGGUCAACAUGCUCCUUUUUGUUGUAGGGUUAACAUCUCACCUUGCAGAUCAUGUGCACAGAAAUAAAUAUGGUUUCAAUUUAGUCAAAUGUUUUUUUACUUGACCAUUUAAGUUGAUCUUAAAAAAAAAAACUGAUCAACGUUAGUGAAAAAAAUGUCUUAUCUUAAGGAGACUACAUGGUCACUUAGUGUUAAAUUGUACUGCUCAUUCACAACAAGUGAUUUGAUUCUUGCAGAGCUUGCAGAGUUACUACAUACAGGGAUCCCACCCAAUUCUAAGGAAUUUAAUGAUGAAUCAUGGGAGUUGAUCAUAGCCUGGUCCCAGAGCUGUUUGUGCUGUCACUCUAGCCUGGUCCCAGAUCUGUUUGUGCUGUCUUGCCAACUCCUAUGGUCAUUGUCAUGCCGAAUGUGACGUGUUUGACAGCAGAAACAGAUUUGGGCCUAAACCAGGCUAGGGAGUUGAGGCCAUUAAUAGUCAUCCUAAAGACAUCUCUUCUCCUCUGAGUGGAUGUGGCCAAGGCAAGCUGGCAUUCCUCUCUUUGAAGACCUUUGACACAGUGCCAUCCUCUCACAGGAAGGGCUGAGGACCUAUAGCAUGGUCAGAACUCUGCAGGAAAAACAACAUGAUGAGUUGCUGUUUUUUUUUUUGGUAUUGGGGAGCAUAUAUCAAGCACUCUGCCAGCCUUUAAAGUGUCUAGUGUUGGCACUUGGCAGUUGAAAAUGUGAGCAUGUGCCAUCCAGUUAGGCAGAUGGCCAAGCACUCCCAUAGUAGCAAAGUAUGUGGUAUUACUCAAAUAUGUGGUAUUCACAUUCAUUUGCAUAUGCAAGUAUUUUUUUGUCUUUCAGCUUGAAAAAUGCAAAAUGAUAGAACGUAUACAGAGGCCUCGUACUAGUAGGCGUUGGCCUGGUGUGUGUGCAGAUGUUUCAGUUAGCAUAGUGUGUUCUGCCAGAGAGCUUUGUAAUCAUGUUGGAGCCAGAUGAUGGAUAUUGCUGUUGUUUUAUUACCUCAUGUUCAUCAACCAUCAUGCCAAGUCCUAUUGUCCAUUGUAAAACAUUAUUUGAAGUGUCGUGUUGCAUUGAUAUGGUGUAUCUACAUUUACAUUUUUUACAUUUUAGUCAUUUAGCAGACGCUCUUAUCCAGAGCGACUUACAGUUAGUGAGUGCAUACAUUUUCAUACUGGCCCCCUGUAGGAAUCGAAUCCACAACCCUGGCGUUGCAAGCGCCAUGCUCUACCAACUGAGCUACACAGGGCCUAUCUAGUGUCUGGAUAUAUUGUUAUGGUGUAUCUAGUGUCUGGAUGUAUUGACAUGGUGUAUCUAAUGUCUGGCUGUAUUGACAUGGUGUAUCUAGUGUCCGGAUGUAUUGAUAUGGUGUAUCUAGUGUCUGGAUGUAUUGAUAUGGUGUAUCUAGUGUCCGGAUGUAUUGAUAUGGUUUAUCUAGUGUCCGGAUGUAUUGAUAUGGUGUAUCUAGUGUCCGGAUGUAUUGCUGUAAUGUAUUGAUGUAUGUACGCAUUGCUGAUCUUACAAAAUAGUGUCCAUGGAAAUGGCCAAUAAAGAUAUUGUAUCACAAAACAGUGGUGUUUUACUCUUACUCUGUUCUGUUCCAGGUACCUGCUGGAGCAGGACUUCCCAGGCAUGCGGAUUGGCCCAGAGCCCACGACAGAUGGCUUCAUCGCUGUCAUGUACGGGGAGAACGAGGGCGUUGUCCCUGGCAACGCUCUGGUGGUCGACCCCAAGAAACCCUUCCGUAAACUCAACGCCUUUGGAAACUCUUUCCUCAACAGGUAAAGUGGACCGUUUUUGUUUAUUACUGGUAACACUUUACAUUAUGUAACAACAAUAUUGUAACCGUAGUAAUUACAGUAUUACUACACAGGUAUAAGCAUAAAAUCACAUUACACAAUUUAAAGGAUCUCUGUGGGUCUAAGAUCAUCUCAAUAUCAAGAGUUACCCACAUGGUGGUGUAAUUAUUACUGAAUUGCUGUGGCAUGUGGAAUUUUCCAUUACAUAAAAAGGCAUCUGAGCCUUGGUAAAGGCUCAGAUGUUGAAUUGUUCAGCUGAGGUUGACAUUUUCUUAGAUAUGAGUAUUGAUUGAUUAUACCAGACACCACCUCCCACUGCCCCUGUUAUGUAUUAUAGGUUCAUAUGAUAAUUUAUCUUAUCAACAUUUACCUCCCUCUCUCACUUUGUCCUAAUAAAUCUGAUAUUAGGGACACGAGGGCCCUGUUCAUUAUAACAUCUGUAAUAAGUCAUUCUUCUUGUGUAGCGAGAACACAUACUUGAAAUUAUAUUUCUGUUUCACGUUGUAGACAGUGUUUUGUUGAGUACAUUCAUCCAAGCAUGCAUUUCUGCAUGCAGUGCAAAAUAAUAGGCUUUUCCCUCCCUGUAGUUACAAGGUUUGUUGAUUUUGUCCCCUAUUUUCCCUAAAGUGAUUUCCAAAGCAGAUCCAGUUGGUUUAUGUAAUCAUGAUUUUUAAAAAGCUUAGAGGUUAGGGAUUGUUUUGGUAGUUUUCUCCCAUUGCUUCCUGUCAGCCCAGCCCUUUUGACAUAGCUGACAUUUUCUUCCACAAACAGGUAGGAGGAAGCAGUGACUUUGUCACCUUUCGUUAGUUGUAGCGCACACUGUCUGUUGUUGGCUUGGCUGUCAGUUGUUGGCUCAGUCAAGAGUCUCUCGUAGAUAUAAUUUUAGCCAAACAACACUUGGCCGAAGCAUGUUUCCUUUUUCAAGAUAUUUAUAAUCCAAGGGAAAUGGGUAAGUACUUCUAUGACAGUUGCCCAAGUUAAGGUCAAAGACAUUCCUGACAAAACAGAGGACGUCUCUUCCUUUCCAGAGAACCUCCGACAAAGCUCAUUGUUUCCAGGGGACGUUAAUGUGCGUCACACAAGAUGUCACUUGGAGUAUGUUUUUUUCCCCUCCACCCAACUGAAGUUAAGUUAGAGCCACACCACAUACAUGGCUGCAUACUACAUAAUUGUUUCUAUAAAUCCUUCCUGCCAAAAACAAUAAACACUGAGACAGGUAUGGGCCUUGCUGCCAACCAGACAGAUAUACAGCUUUCAUUAACACAAUAUUUUCAUCAACACAUCAGAUCUGAUUGAAUGGUUGAAUACUCAUCACUGUUCCUCUAAAUCAAAAACAUACCAAAUUUAGAAAAAGCAAUGGGUGGGGGUAGAAAAGGGAAGAGAAAACGUCUCAAUAUGUUUUGACAAUAGAAGUAAUUGGGGUGUUUUCUGGAGCUGGCCUUCAUGUCUAUUACAUGUGCUGUGUUUUCUUCUCUACUGUAUUUCUAAUACUAAUGCUACUCGGUUAUUUUCUUCUCUCCUGUAUUCCUGUAGGUUAAUCUGCUCCCAGAUGCCUAACCAGGUCCUCCAGGGCAUUAGUAUAAUUGACACACCAGGAAUCCUGUCUGGAGAGAAGCAACGCAUUAGCCGAGGUCAGUAGCUAGCUAUCAAGCUGAGAUG